AUGGAGAGGUUACAAAGAUUAAUGAUGGAAGGAAAAAGCAAUGUGGCAGAUCCAGAAAAGGAUGAUACCAGAGAAACCGUCUAUAUAUCAUCUGUCGCAUUGUUGAAGAUGUUAAAGCAUGGGAGGGCGGGUGUCCCCAUGGAAGUUAUGGGCCUGAUGUUAGGGGAAUUUGUAGAUGAUUAUACAAUUGAUGUUGUCGAUGUCUUUGCCAUGCCUCAGUCAGGUACAGGUGUUUCCGUGGAAGCAGUUGAUGAUGUCUUUCAGGCUAAAAUGAUGGAUAUGUUAAAACAAACUGGUAGGACUGAGAUGGUUGUGGGUUGGUACCAUUCACAUCCAGGGUUCGGAUGUUGGUUAUCAUCCGUCGAUGUAAACACCCAAAAAUCAUUCGAACAAUUAAAUCCUAGAGCUGUUGCAGUCGUGGUAGAUCCAAUUCAAUCAGUUAAAGGUAAAGUCGUCAUUGACGCAUUUAGAUUAAUAGAUACCGGCGCAUUGCUAAAUAACCAAGAACCAAGACAAACCACAUCUAAUAGCGGUCUGAUGAACAAAGCUAAUAUACAAGCAUUAAUACAUGGACUUAAUAGACAUUAUUAUUCAUUGAAUGUAGAUUACCACAGGACGUCAGACGAAACUAGAAUGUUAAUGAACUUACAUAAAGAACAAUGGCAAUCGGGUCUCAAGGCAUGCGAUUAUGAAGAAAAGGAAACAACUAAUUUAGAAGCUACACAAAAAAUGGUCAAAAUUGCUGCCCAAUAUUCUAAAAGAAUUGAAGAAGAAAAAGAUUUGACAGAAGCUCAACAAGCGACUCGAUAUGUCGGUAAACAAGAUCCUAAGAAGCAUCUAUCUGCUAUGGCGGAAACAACCCUGGAAGACAAUAUCGUUUCAGUGCUUACUUCUAGUGUGAAUUCUGUUGCAAUUGUUUAG